ACCAGAUGGUGACACUAUCGACAAAUGGCAAAAGUUUCCAAACCGUAAACAUGAGGGAUUAAUAAAUAAUCUUCAUUACGCAGAGUUAAAAGAAGUGUAGUAUUAUUUUAUGAACCACCACUUAUAAGUUGUAUAUUUGUGAAUUUACCUUCUGUUCUUGCAUAUGUUAGUUCUAAGCUAUUCGUUUUAUUUUUCAGAAAAUAAGAUACUCGUGUUUGAAGUUCAAUACUGUUUAACUUUUAAACACUUAGCCUAGGCCUAAUUAUCAUCGUAACAUUUAUCAAACUUCGAUCACGAAAAUAAGUGGUAUUAUGGUGACGAAACUAUGUCCAAAUUGUACUAAACAGGUACCAGUUGCUUGCAAAGCCUGUCCUUGUGGUCACUUAUUUCGCAGAACUGUUGGUGCCCAUAAAGUGCCUGGUAGUAAAAGUGAGGAAAACGGAGAAGGUGAAGUGAAAUGCCGGCGUACAGAAAGGAUACGACGAGAAAGACCAGACUACUUUAAUGCUCUUCAUUUUGAAAACCAUCUAAAAAAAAUCAGAAAAAGGGUGAAACAGCGAUCAACAAAUAGCACUAGCAGCUCGACUAAUGAACAGGAAGGAGACUAUUCUAACAGUGAGGAAAGUAAUCCAGCUGGUCAAAAAAAGCGGGGACGACCAAAAGGCUCAGUAAAUAAAAAAGAAAAGGAUGAACCUAAACCAGUUGUAAGUUGAAAAAGAGGAAGAUGUAAUGGCAAAUAUUUCUCCCGAGAAGGUGCUUCAGUAUUCAAUAAUCCUGGCAGAAAUAAACAGAAAACUCUGUGGACAGCAGCUCAAAGUCUAAAAGUUAGCCCUAUGUGGUGUUGAGAAGAACAGUCUUUUGUGAAGUGGUUCACAAUCAAUGACUAUAAUUGUGUUUUAGUACAUUUGUAGCAUAGUUUAUGCACAAUAAUGUAUAUAUUUUAUUUGUAAAUAACACAUCUCUUGAUGUUGAUGGUAUUUAAGUGAAAAAUUGUAUACAUUAUAUUUAUACAAACGUACGCAGCAUAUGUAUGCAUAACUUUUCCGUAAAGAAAAUUGUUUUUUUUUCUUAAUCUUUUACUUUAACCAAUUUCUUUGUAUACAUAUGAAUAAAUAUGUAUUUACAUAUAUAUUUAUACUUUAAAGUAUGUUAAAUUGUACAUGUGCAUGAAAACAAUGUUUUAUAUUGCUUUUACCAUUUAUUGGUAAAAAAACAAAAUGUGUUGAUGCUAUGUAUUGUGUUUCUGUGUGACUUGUUAUAUUGCAGUAUUAUUCCUUUUUAUGUUUUCAAGUAUUUUGAAGGUGUAAUGGUUUAAUAAACUGUAUUAUUUUCAAUCUUAAAACAUUUCUGAUAUAUUGUUCUACAAAAGUAGUAUUAAACUACUUGUAUUAUUUACUAGUACUCAUGUAAGAGAAUGGUUUUAAUCCCAAUAAAAAGAGAGGCAUUAUUUAAA